AUGGACCAACUAUACCAACGUAAAACAGCAACUUUUGUUAAACAAAUGAAUGUAAUAAGCUUUCGCAAACGGAAUUCAAACAUUUAUUGUUUCGAUAUCUUUAAUGGUUUCACGAUUUUUGAAAUUACAUUUUGAAAGAUAUGCACGGAAGGCAAUUCAGUAUUAUCCGAGUUUAUUCAACAUGAGGUAUAAUACCAGUUAUAUAAUUUGGACCGUGAGAGUCAUUAUAGGAAUAAACUACGUAAAAUAGACUCUGUAGCAGAAAGAAGUACAAUUUGAAUCGUCCCUUACGUACGAUCCCUAAUUUACGUAAAAAAGUACAAUCAAUUGAAAGUACAUUAAAGUACAAUCAAAGUACAUUAAAGUACAAUCAAAGGCCGACUUUUGUCAAACAAAUGAGUCAACAUUUGAAAGCCGGACAUGGUUUUAUAUAUAAUGCAUUGCUUUGCCUUGAUUAGAACACAAUCACAAACAGUCCAGUUCAAGAAAACGAAGCAAGCGCACGUAAGUUUUUAAAGUGAUUUUCAACGUUAGUUGUUACUUCUAAUAUGGCAAAUAGCUCCUCAAGCAUGAGUUCCGUCUCUGUAAGUAGUAGUCCUGCUUAUUGCUUCUUGUCCGUACUUGCCACCGAUCCCUACAACACGACAAAUAUACCUGAUUCAGUCAACCCGACUCGCACCGUCCUUUCUGUUUUCAAUGGUGUAGCGUCCCCUCUAACAGUCGUUAUAAAUGCGCUGAUUGCUUGGUCAAUUCUUGGAGAUGAAGAUCUUAGAUCCUCUUCGUUUAAUAUUUUACUUGUGGCUUUAGCAGUGACUGAUUUUUUAGUUGGUUUGUUGGUUCAACCCAUCUUUUCAUAUCACCAGAGUUGUCUUGUGAACAAUUGUUAUUCGCCUUGUCCCUACACGGUUUAUAUUUUAUCACUUUUGACCUUCUGUGGUCUGUCAGUUGGCACGUUAACAUUCGUGAGUUUGGAAAGAUAUCUUGCUAUUGAACAUCCCAAUUUUUACCGUAAGAUGGUGACAGUAAAAAGAUUCGUGUUAGGAACGAUGACUUAUUGGGCAGUAAGUCUAACAAUUUUGAUGAGUGCCACAGUUUUUGCGAUAUAUAACAAGAGCAAACUAUUGUUAGCUCCACCCAUGGCAUUUCUAGGUCUUAGCACUCUAGUCAUUUUGUACUGCUCAAUCAAAGUACAAGUAACAGCUUACCGUCAGCGUAGAACCAUCGUCCUACAGCAAGAAUCAGUUCAGCAGCCCGACGAACAACAACGACAACAAGAACGACUCAAAGAGUACAAGCGAGUGUUCAUGGCGACAAUAUUAGUGAUCGUGUCGAUUCUCUUUUACGUUCCUUUUAUUAUAGUUGUAGCGAUACAAGCCGUCGCAGGUAAAGAUGUCACGAGUGAUUUUAAGUACGUCGCCAUGGCCAUAUGUCUCACUUUACUUCAUCUCCAGUCUCUUGUCAACCCAAUCCUCGUCUCACUGCGUCUAUCUUAUAUUCGUACAAGCAUCAAAAACAAACUAGUAAGUUGCUUUAGUUGUAACUGAUGAGACUCAAGAAAUCCUAAAGAUGUUCUGAAUCACUUCUUUUGGGGGAGUUUUUGAGACAUCUAAAGUACUGAAACAAACUGAGAGCCGGUCAAGGAAAACGAGAAAGUUUACUUAAAGAAAAUUUGAAAGGAAAUUAAGUCUUGAAAACAAACUGACAUUAGUUAUUACAAUGCAUUAAACAUAUAGCAACCUUCAGUCCAGUCAAAGGUAUUCAAACGGCAUGUGAUUUUAAAGGCCCAGUGUGCACCAAUAUGCUUUGGGGCCCGCGAGGGCUGGAGGCGCCCAUUUCAGUUUAACGAAAGUCUAUAUAAGUUGGACUGUGCGUUUCGAAUCUUUGACCAUCUCACUUUU